AUCGGAGCAAACUCGCGACAAGGCGAAAGUCGCAAAAUAUAAACAUUGUCCUUUCGUGCAAAAAAUAAAAUAUUCCGAACUGCUCUCACCCCUUUCACCCAUCUAUCAUGGCAUCUGCUAUACGGCAUAAAAGUGGAUAAUAUUCACCGUAGUAAAUCGCCUAAAUCCCCCAUCGAAGAAAAUCAAUACAUUUGCGACUCUCGCCCUUGUGAACGAACAAUGUCAAAAAUUUUUUUAUUGAUGUCUCUCAACUUUAUAGAGUUUAAUCAAUUACAAGUAUCAGCUGGUAGGAAUAAACUGUUCUAUCAAAAUAUGGUGAAGCUGUGCUGUAUUCAAAUUUGUCCCAACUCAAGACAAAAACGGGGAGUUCCGUGCUAUCCAUUUCCUGCGAAAGACGAAAUUCUUCGAGGCAAAUGGAUCGAGUUUGUUGGAGUCGCUAACCCGAACCGAUUCCGUUGGAAAGGCAAAUCGAUUUGCGCUGAGCAUUUUCGACAGAUGGAUCUAGCCGAAAUCAGUGGUCUGCUGCGUCCAGUGGAUGGAGCUAUCCCUUCGAUAUAUUCACCGGAAGAAGCGGAUGGCGAUGAAGUGCGGGAACAUGUGCCGAAAUCGGACACCACUACAUCCGAUCAACGAGUUGAAAUGAAUAAUCUCCAUGCCAUGUUCUGUCGGAUUUGUCUUAAGAAAGCGGUCGGAUUGAUUCCGUUUAAUUCAAGACUUCAUAAUGAAAAUCUCGUUGACAUCGUUUACACAAUAACCGGACUGGAAUUAGACGAAAACGAAACUAAUCUUCCAGCGAAGGUGUGUGCCAUCUGCGUGGGAAAAAUCGAUUUGGCAUUCAAUGUUCGUAAGGAGUUUCUACAUUCGGAGAAAAUCCUGAGAAAUUUGAUUACGAACGGACAGCUGGAGGCACACUAUCGAUCCAUCGAUAGUUACCUAGAAGAUUCUAAUUGCCAGACCGAAGUUGACCUUGGAGAUCUAUCGGAAAACAUCAAAACGGAACUGGUCAUAGAACCAGUUGAAGAAAUGGAAGAGGAACACCUUUACGAAGAAGAAGAAGAAGGUACAACUGAAGAACAGCCAUUAGAGCGUUUUGAAGUAGAAAUUUUGUCAGACACCGAAAAAGUGAAAGAAGAGAAGCCCUCUAAAAAAAUUGUCUACUCUUGGAAAGAGUUGUAUAAGCCUAAAAGAACUCGUGAGGUCAGGAAAUACAAGAUCACCGAGGAUCUACCUGAACCGGAGCUGAUUCCGCAUACUUGCUAUGUUUGUGAUACGGUACAUGAAGAUGCUGACGCUUUGGACAGUCACAUAGAGAAGCACGUCGGUCUUCUUCCGUACACUUGUGAACAGUGUACGACCGAGGAAUACCCUCAGGAGCUGAAGUCACUAAUAUCUUUGAAUAAGCAUCUCCAGUCUCAUCUUUAUCCCUACGUUUGUGAUUUCUGUCCCCUGCGCUAUAUGAACAAGCGGAACUAUAUCAGUCAUAUGCGAGGGAUGCACGAGUCUGGCGAAGGUUAUACUUGUGACGAUUGCGGACAAUUCUUCACACAGAAAAGAAUGUUUUCCACCCAUAUCUACAAGCACAAAGCUAUCAAAGAAGAGAAAUUCAAGUGUGAACAUUGCGGAAAAGCCUUUAGCAAUUCUGCUCUACUCACUCGACACAUUCGAAUUCACACGGGCGAGAAGCCGUAUGAAUGUAAGAAAUGCGGAAAACGGUUCAACCAUGAGUCGAUUUUCCAGGUCCACAAACGUGCUCAUAUUGGAGAGAAAGCACACGCUUGCCGAGAAUGUGACAAAAUAUUCAUUAAUUCCACUAUGUUGCGCUACCACAUGGCGGAACACUUUCCGAAUGAUCCACGGUAUCGAACCCAGUUUUCGAGAAAACGGCAACACGAUGAUCAAUCUGCUGUUGUCAUUCCAUAUGUCUGUGACGGAAAAUCAGCCCCUAAUGUGUACCCAACGGAAAAAGUUUGCGACUUCGAAGACUGCAAGUACACGACAUCAUCGAUCCCAAGUUGGUACUAUCACCGCUCGACGCACGUUCGGAAGUUCCAGUGCGAAAUCUGCGCCAGGCGUUUCCCAACGAAGCAGACUCUGGUAAAGCACGUAGAAACGGCACACGAAGGAAAGGUGGCAGAGAAAACCAAGCCCUGCCCGUACUGUGGUCGAAAGUUCAGCAGCAACCAGAAGUUGCAGUGCCACGUGGAUACGCACGAGAACAACCGUCGGCACAAGUGUAAAUUUUGCGACAAAGCUUUUGUUCAAAUUGCCAAUCUUAGGGCACAUGAGCGCAUUCACACCGGCGAGAAACCGUUCGUUUGCCGUGCCUGCCCGUCGGCGUUCAUCACUUCGUCCGGGCGGAAAAAGCACGAAAGGUCGCACGUCGAGAUGGCCGGGCUACAACAAACGCUCGAAACGAAGGUCGAGUAUGGCGAGAUAGAGGUGUCCGUUGUCGACGAGUAGGAGUUCACCAAGAGGAUAUUGGAGUCAGGGAACAUCGGAGAAGAGGACAUCAUGGUAUCAUUCGAAGUAGUGGCAUUGUUCCCAAGCGUUCCAGUGAAGGAUGCUCUGAACCUUUUGGAGGAUUGGCUAAUAGAACAACGGACGGAUACAGCAUGGCGAGGAAAAGUAAAGAUGUAUCUCAAGCUUGCAAGAUUAUGCAUGAAUGAGAACUACUUUACAUUCCGUGGAAGCUUCUACAAACAAACGAAGGGUGCACCUAUGGGAAAUCCGCUAUCACCGUUUUUGUGCGAAUUAUUCAUGGCGAAUUUGGAGGACAACCUAGAGGAACAAGGAGUACUACCCGAGAAAUGGUGGAGAUACGUGGACGACAUUUUCAGCAUUAUCAACCGGAAAGAUCUACCC